AUGCCCGCCGCCCCCGCCGGUGCCCUCCUGGCGCUGCCCGCGCUGCUGCAGCUGGCGGCCGUGGGCGGCUCGCCCGGGCCCCGCGCGCUCCUGCGGGGCUGCCCCGCGCGCUGUCAGUGCGAGCCCGACGGCAGGACGCUGCUCCGGGCCGACUGCUCCGACCGCGGGCUCUCGGAGCUGCCCUCCAACCUCAGCGUCUUCACCUCCUACCUGGACCUCAGUAUGAACAACAUCAGCCAGCUGCCCCCGAGCGCCCUGGCCCGUCUCCGCUUCCUGGAGGAGCUACGUCUUGCCGGAAACGCUUUGACAUACAUUCCCAAGGGAGCAUUUGCUGGCCUUCACAGUCUUAAAGUUCUCAUGCUGCAGAAUAAUCACCUAGGACAGGUUCCCUCGGAAGCUCUGCAGAACCUGCGAAGCCUUCAGUCCCUGCGCCUGGAUGCCAACCACAUCAGCGCAGUGCCCCCCGGCUGCUUCAGCGGCCUGCACGCCCUGCGCCACCUGUGGCUGGAUGACAAUGCGCUGACCGAGAUCCCCGUGCAGGCUUUCAGAAGUUUGCCAGCCCUGCAGGCCAUGACCUUGGCCCUGAACAAAAUCCGCCACAUCCCAGACUAUGCCUUUGGGAACCUCUCCAGCUUGGUGGUUCUGCAUCUCCAUAACAAUAGAAUUCACUCCCUGGGAAAGAGAUGCUUUGAUGGGCUCCACAGCCUAGAGACUUUAGACUUAAAUUAUAAUAAUCUUGAUGAAUUCCCCACCGCCAUCAGGACACUCUCCAACCUUAAAGAACUAGGAUUUCACAGCAACAAUAUCAAGUCGAUACCGGAGAAAGCAUUUGUAGGCAAUCCUUCUCUUAUUACAAUACAUUUCUAUGACAACCCCAUCCAGCUUGUCGGAAGGUCCGCUUUUCAACAUUUACCAGAGCUAAGAACUCUGACUCUGAACGGUGCCUCGCAAAUAACCGAGUUUCCAGACCUGACGGGAACGGCGAGCCUGGAGAGCCUGACGUUAACCGGCGCCCAGAUCUCGUCCCUCCCUGGAGCGGCCUGGGACCAGCUGCCCGCCCUGCGAGUGCUAGAUCUGUCUUACAACCUGCUGGAAGAUUUACCCAGUUUUUCAGUCUGCCGGAAACUUCAGAAAAUAGACCUGCGACAUAAUGAAAUCUAUGAAAUUAAAGCUGACACUUUCCAGCAGUUGCUUAGCCUCCGGGCGCUGAAUUUAGCCUGGAACAAAAUUGCCAUCAUUCAUCCCAAUGCAUUUUCCACGUUGCCAUCUCUAAGAAAGCUGGACCUGUCGUCCAACCGCCUGUCGUCCUUUCCUGUAACGGGGUUACAUGGUUUAACUCACUUAAAAUUAACAGGAAAUCAUGCCUUACAGAGCUUGAUAUCAUCUGAAAACUUUCCAGAACUCAAGGUCAUAGAAAUGCCUUAUGCUUACCAGUGUUGUGUAUUUGGGGUGUGUGAGAAUGUCUAUAAAAUCUCCAAUCAGUGGACUAAGGAUGACAACAGCAGUACGGAUGACCUUCAUAAGAAGGAUGCCGGGAUGUUUCAAGUUCAAGAUGAGCGGGAUCUUGAAGAUUUCUUGCUGGACUUUGAGGAAGACCUGAAAGCCCUCCACUCGGCGCAGUGCUCACCUGCCCCAGGCCCGUUCCAGCUGUGCGAGGACCUGCUGGGCAGCUGGCUGACGCGCGUGGGCGUGUGGACCGUGGCGGUGCUGGCGCUCGGCUGCAACGCGCCGGUGGCGUGGACGGCGCUGCGGGCCCCGGCGGGCGCGUGGCCGGCGCAGCGGCUGCUGGGCUGGCUGGCGGCCGCCGACCUGCUGACCGGGGCGGCGAGCGCGGCGCGGGCGGCGGUGGACGCGGCGACGUUCGGCAGCUUCGCCCGGCACGGCGCGCGCUGGGAGCAGGGCGGCGGCUGCCGGCUGCUGGCGUGCGUGUCGCUGUUCGCGGCGCAGGCGGCCGUGUUCGUGCUCACGGCGGCGGCGCUGCAGCGGGGCGCGCGGGGGCUGCUGAACGGCGCGUGCUCGGCGGUGAUGGGCGCGGCGGCGGCGCGGCUGCUGUGCGCGCCCGCGGGGGACGCGGCGGCCCGGCACGCGGCGCUGCUGCUGCUCGCCAACUGCGUGCUGUACUGGCCGCCCGCGCUGCUGCGCCUGUGCGCGCUGCUCGGCGUGGCGGCCGCGGGCCCCGAGCUCAGCAGGUUCGUCCUGCUCGUGCUGGCGCCGCUGCCCGCCUGCCUCAACCCGCUGCUCUACAUCCUCUUCCACCCGCACUUCAGGCCGGCGCCGGCGGGCGGCCCGCGGCGGCCCAGGCCCAGGGAGCCCAGCCUGGCGUCCGUGAGCUCCGACGACGCCGACAAGCAGGCCCCCGGCGACGCCACGCAGGCCCUGGUCGCCGCGGCCCGCGACCCGCCGCCGCGCCCCGGCCCGCAGGGCUGCCGCCUGCCCUCCGUGCCCUUCGUGCCGUGCCUCUGA